AUGGCUCAGCGCGCGGGAAUCGCUCUCGGCCGUAUAGCAGACAAUGCUCCUUUCGUUAUUACCCGAAUAGAUGGAGCACCGCACCCACCGACUAUUGCAGAACCAGUCGAACACCAGCUCGAUGGCCACAGCGUCGCAGAAAUGAUGGCCACUUUCCAGCACGCCAUCUCAUUCACGACCACAUCCGUCGAUAAUGGGUUCGCGAUUACGUAUCCAUUGACACUCUCAAAGGAGGAGAGAGACGCCCUCAUAGACGCGAACGACUCCAAUGCACAUGACCAUUUUCACUCUUUUGCAAACGACUAUACAUUCCAUCACUCGACUGCGACCAAACAACUACGAGGUCAUCGUGUCCUGUUUAUCGAUCUUACGCCGGGUCAAGUUGCUGCUAGCUUGUGCGUCGGUGCGCUCAAUUCAGGCAGCUGGUUUUACAAUAGCAGAAAACGAAAAGAUAUAAUUAUAGGCAACAUUGAAAAUCUUACGACGCAGGACGUUGUCGACAAACUCAUCAAUCCCACCAAGGGAAACUCUGCUUCACUCAACUGUAUUGGUAUUCUGCGACCAGAAGGGGCAUUCCCCAAUGUAUCUCGUUCUGAACUAGAAGCCCACUUCCCAGAUACGUUGGUCAAAUGGGUCUCAUUGGUCGACUUGUCUCGCGGUAUAGCCAUGGUGAU